GUAACCUUAAUUAGCAGGCUAGCUACGCUUUUCUGUGUAUUUAGAGAAGGGAGGAGGCGAGGUAGCUAGGCUAGCUAACUAGCUGUAGUUCUUUGGAUUUUAUGUUGCGUGUGUUGGGCCGUACAUAUCGGCAGUCAUUCCAGACGUAAUCCCCUGAGACAAAGUUUUGUUCUCGAAGCCAAAUUUGCUGAACUUUUGAGUACAGCUAACCUAGCUAGCAAGCUAGCUAGUUUGGCUAACGUCGUCUAAGGUUUAGCCACAUAGGACCGUAUUCGUAAGCGCUGCCAGUCAUCAUUCAGAUACCAUGCCGGAGAGAAGGCCCUUUGUGCGGCUGCCCACUGACGUGUACCCCGUUAAGUACGGGUUAUGUCUGAAGCCGGACCUCAUCGACUUCACCUUCGAGGGCAAGCUGGAGGCCGCAGUGGAGGUUGUACAGUCGACGAAUCAGAUUGUGAUGAACUGUGCUGACAUCGAUAUCAUUACUGCAUCUUUUGCACCAGAGGGCAGGGAAGAAAUAAAUGCAACCGGAUUCAACUAUCAAAAUGAAGAUGAAAAAGUCACUUUGUCUUUCCCUAGUGCUCUACAGAAAGGUUCUGGUUUGUUGAAGAUUGACUUUGUUGGAGAGCUGAAUGACAAAAUGAAAGGCUUCUACAGAAGUAAAUAUGCAACUCCUUCAGGAGAAAUCCGCUUUGCUGCUGUCACACAGUUUGAGGCUACUGAUGCUCGUCGGGCCUUCCCUUGCUGGGAUGAACCAGCUAUCAAAGCCACCUUUGACAUAACCCUCAUCGUUCCAAAGGACCGAGUGGCCUUGUCAAAUAUGAAUGUCAUUGAUCAAAAGCCAUAUCCAGAGGAGGACGGCCUUAUCGAGGUGAAGUUUGCUACCACGCCCAUCAUGUCCACAUACCUUGUAGCGUUUGUCAUCGGCGAGUAUGAUUUCGUGGAAAGCCUGUCAUCAGAUGGCGUCACAGUACGUGUCUAUACUCCCAUUGGAAAGGCAGAACAAGGGAAAUUUGCAUUGGAGGUUGCAACAAAGACUUUACCUUUCUACAAAGACUACUUCAAUGUUCCGUAUCCACUGCCUAAAAUUGAUCUUAUAGCUAUUGCUGAUUUUGCUGCUGGGGCCAUGGAAAACUGGGGCCUUGUAACAUAUAGGGAGACAGCCUUGCUCAUUGACCCCAAAAACUCCUGUUCUUCCUCACGUCAGUGGGUGGCGCUAGUGGUGGGCCACGAACUAGCACACCAGUGGUUUGGCAAUCUGGUAACAAUGGAGUGGUGGACACAUCUGUGGCUGAACGAGGGCUUUGCAUCCUGGAUUGAGUACCUGUGUGUGGACCACUGUUUCCCUGAGUAUGAUAUCUGGACACAAUUUGUGUCUGCUGACUACACCCGAGCACUGGACCUGGAUGCACUGGACAACAGCCACCCCAUAGAGGUGGAUGUGGGGCACCCAUCAGAAGUGGAUGAAAUCUUUGAUGCCAUAUCAUAUAGCAAAGGAGCAUCUGUGAUUCGUAUGCUGCACAACUACAUAGGAGAUGAGGAUUUUAGGAAAGGAAUGAACACUUAUCUUAUGAAGUUUCAACAUAAAAAUGCAUCAACAGAAGACCUGUGGGACUGUCUGGAACAGGCCAGUGGUAAGCCUAUUGCUGCUGUAAUGAGCUCCUGGACAAAGCAGAUGGGCUUUCCAAUCAUUGCUGUGGAUCAAGAACAGCAAGGAGAGGAUCGUGUGCUCAAAAUCUCUCAGAAGAAGUUCUGUGCCAGUGGACUUCACAAUGGUGAUGACUGCCCCAACUGGAUGAUUCCCAUCAGCAUUUGCACAAGUGAAGACCCCAGCUGCACAAAAAUCAGUGUACUGCUGGACAUGUCUGAAACCUCUGUCACUAUCAGCAACAUUGGCCCUGACCAGUGGGUCAAGAUCAACCCUGGCACUGUGGGCUUCUACCGAAUUCAGUACAGCUCCAGCAUGCUGGAGAGCUUACUGCCAGGCAUUCGGGACCUGACAUUACAGCCUGUUGACCGUCUCGGAUUGCAGAAUGACCUCUUUUCUCUGUCCCGUGCAGGCAUGAUCAGCACUGUUGAAGUGCUGAUGGUAAUGGAGGCCUUUGUCAAUGAGCCAAACUACACUGUGUGGAGCGACCUGAGCUGCAACCUAGGGGUGCUGUCCUCAUUGCUGUCUCACACUGACUUCCAUGAGGAGAUCCAGGAGUUCAUACGUGAUCUUUUCACACCCAUUGGACAGAGGCUGGGCUGGGACUGCAAAGAAGGAGAAGGCCAUUUGGAUGCCCUGCUGAGAGGCCUUGUCUUGGGGAAGCUAGGUAAGGCUGGUCACAAGCCCACGCUGGAGGAAGCACGAAGGCGAUUCAAGGAUCAUGUGGAUGGCAAGCAGAUUAUCUCCGCAGAUCUCCGGAGUCCAGUUUAUUUAACUGUGCUGAAACAUGGAGAUAGUGCAACGUUGGAAACAAUGUUGAAGCUUCACAAGCAGGCUGACAUGCAAGAGGAGAAGAACCGAAUUGAGAGAGUCCUAGGAGCCAUCUCUGCCCCUGACCUUAUCCAAAAAGUCCUCACUUUUGCACUUUCGGAAGAGGUGCGGCCCCAGGACACUGUAUCAGUGAUUGGAGGUGUGGCUGGAAGCAGUAAGCAAGGCCGGAAAGCAGCAUGGAAGUUUGUCAAGGACAACUGGGAGGAGCUGCAUAACCGUUAUCAGGGAGGAUUCCUUAUCUCACGCCUUAUUAAGCUUUCAGUUGAUGGAUUUGCUGUGGACAAGAUGGCAGCCGAAGUGAAGAGUUUCUUCGAGAGCCAUCAUGCACCAGCAGCAGAGCGUACUGUUCAGCAAUGCUGCGAGAACAUCCUCCUGAAUGCUGCCUGGCUGAAACGUGAUGCUGACGACAUACAUCAGUACCUAGUGAAGCGGAAGGUGCCUCCCAGCACCACUUCUGUCUGAAGCUGCCCUCUCCUCAUCUAAAAACUCACACCCACACACACUUGCGCACACACACGCAGACACACACACCUGUCGCAGUCCUGCAAUGCAAACCAGGCUUAAUUUUUUUUAUAUAAACAAAAAAAAAAAUUAAUAAAGAAAUUAGUCUGACUGUGGAAGGAAGUUUCCCUCAUUCUACCCAUUUAAGAUUAAAUACAUGCACGAUGUAAACUGUAAGAUCUGACCACAAAGCAAAACUUGAUUAUUUGAUGAUGGCACUCUUGCCAUGUCUUCCUAGUUGGGAGAAACCAGGCUAUUUUGUUUUCUAUUCAGAUAGCGCUUUUUGACAGUUUGCUAUAGGUAUUUACUGUAUAUGAGUAAGUGUUUGGAUUUAAUGGGGAUCCUAAUGUAUUAUUUAGGCAGCAGUAACACCCACAAGCAGGAUAGUAAGCACCAGGUUGGGGUUUUUUUGGUCUCUGUUUACACACACCUAAAUUAGUGUGUGUUUGUGUAUAGAGUAUGUAUGUAUGCCCACAGUACGUACAUUUACAUGUAUACAAACAUGCACUCACACACACACACACACACACACACACACAUGCCUUUACACUGUAUACACUGUAUACUUGCAAGAUUUUUCAUGAAUUAGGCAUGAAGUGUACCUGAGUUCUGCUUCCCUGUCCCAACAUCAAAUCCCUUAUCAAUUGUCUAGAAUACAAAGGAUAUAUAGUAGAAAACAAUAAAAAGCUUAUUUCAAUAUUCACAUAUCUGCCUGAAAUGAAUUACAUUUAUUUGAACCAUAUAUAUAUGUAAGAUUUUGAUUCAGUGAUUUGAGAAAGAAACCAGGCCUUUUAAUUUUGCUGGCAGUUCUUAAAAUUCAUUAAAAUAAAAAUGUUACGUUAAACUAAA